AUGACCACUUACAGCUUCAGGCAAACGACCUCUUCUGUGGCAGGGGGACCCGGUGGCUCCACAAUCCGCUUCGGUGCAGGUGGCUUUAGGGCUCCAAGCAUACACGGGGGAUCUGGCGGCAGGAGUGUGUCAGUCUCUUCUGCUAGAUUUGCCUCUUCUGGCCUAGGAAGUGGCCUGGGUGGUGGGUAUGGAAGUAGUUUCAGCAGCAGCUUUAGCGGUGGUUAUGGUCUGGGUAGCAGUGAUGGCCUCCUCUCAGGAAAUGAAAAGGCAACCAUGCAAAGCCUGAACGAACGCCUUGCCUCUUACCUGGACAAAGUGCGUGCACUGGAAGAGGCAAACUCUGAUCUUGAGACUAAAAUCCGAGACUGGUACCAAAAACAAGGACCAGGUCCAGCUCGGGACUACAGUCUGUAUUACAAGACUAUUGAAGAUCUUCGAGACAAGAUCCUUGAUGCCACUAUCGACAACUCCAAGAUUGUUUUGCAGAUUGACAAUGCCAGGCUGGCUGCUGACGACUUCAAAACCAAGUUUGAGACAGAACAGGCUCUUCGCAUGAGCGUGGAGGCCGACAUCAACGGCCUGCGCAAGGUCCUGGAUGAGCUGACACUGGCCAGGACUGACCUGGAGCUGCAGAUUGAGAACUUGAAGGAGGAGCUGGCCUACCUCAAGAAAAAUCAUGAGGAGGAAAUGAGUGCUCUGAGAGGACAAGUAGCUGGACAAGUCAAUGUUGAACUGGACUCUGCUCCAGGCAUUGACCUGACCAAGAUCCUUGCUGAUAUGAGAGACCAGUAUGAACAUAUGGCUGAGAAGAACAGGAAGGAUGCUGAGGCCUGGUUCCACAACAAGACUGAAGAGCUGAACCGUGAGGUAGCUGUGAACACUGAACAACUGCAGAGCAGCAAGUCCGAAGUCACCGACCUGAGACGCACCCUCCAAGGGCUGGAAAUAGAACUUCAGUCCCAGCUCAGCAUGAAAGCGGCGCUGGAGGGCACGCUGGCGGACACGGAGGGGCGGUACGGGGCGCAGCUGGCGCAGAUCCAGGGCCUGAUCGGCAGCUUGGAGGCGCAGCUGGCUGAGCUCCGAGCUGAGAUGGAGCGCCAGAACGGCGAGUACAAGCUCCUCAUGGAUAUCAAGACUCGACUGGAGCAAGAGAUCGCCACUUACCGACAGCUCCUGGAGGGCCAGGAGUCCCACAUGUUUGGAUCCCUCUCUGGAACCACUGACAAAAGAGAGAAGCUGGCAGAUGGAAAAUAG